CAGCAUUACUUCGUUUAAUUCGUUCACUAUUUCAAUCUGCAAAUAUAUUGACGCUAACAGAGUUUUCCCAGAGGUCAUUACAAUGUCGCUAUUUUCAUCUAAAAAAAAUGGUCCCCCAAAUAAUACAUAAUAUUUUGGAUAAGUAGUUUUUGUAGCUUGUUUACAGAAUAUCUUUAGAUGAUGAGAGGUACAAUAAGAAUUGCACACAAAUCUAUAUUCCCAAAACGCCACUUAUUGGGCACGCGAUAGGUUAAACCCAACAUAAAACAAUGCAUAAAUAACUGGCAAAUUUUCCUUAUUAUUAAUCACAAACCCCACUAAUGUGACACAUGAAUCUAGUAGCGUAAAAUGAGAAUGACAACGAGCCCGCGAAGUCUUCAUUCGGAGUAGCAUUGUUAUCGCAUUGUGUAUAAAAAAGACAUAAAAAACAUAAAUCUGCGUUGUUGUCGACUUUUUCUUUUAAAGGUUUUAUAAAGAGGCGACGAAAAUUCAUUGUGUUUAUUCAAUACGCAUGAACAGUCUAACGCGUAUUUAUACUAAACCUCUCUGAUUAUUGUCGGAAGUCAAGAGUUGCAAACAAAAUUACACAGACAUAUAAUCUUUGUAUGCUAUUCAGUGUUCCACUCCAAUAGUUUUACUGUGGAAAACUGAAUGUAUUUAUGACCUUGCUUUACAUCCGGGCUCUGUGCAAAUAGCGCUCUCUGAUUGGCUAACCCGUGGCCCGUAACGUGGUCGCUCUGAAAGCAUGAUAUUCGCGAGUAGCUUUUGACUCACUCUCCGGCGAAUUCAACGAACGGGAAUUUAUAACCCGGCUAAAUUCCAACUUAGUGCUCGGAAACCUGGAUUUUGUGUAGGUUAGUUUGGUGUUUUCGUAUUCAGUCGUGUUUUAAUCACGUUGUUGACCUGGUUUGACAUCAAUUACUUCACUUGGAGCGUUCGUGUAGAGGGAAACAAAGGCAUACGCUUCACUGGCCAAGCUUACGGAUUUGGGCGCCUGUCUGUGAGAUAUAUCUCAAUAUAUGGAUCUACAAUGACGAUUUGAGGAUUGUGAAACGUGGUUUUCGCCCUGGAGCGAGUUGAAGACGUUGGAUCCCGCUUCACAGGGUCUGAGGCGUCGAAUUGUUUUGUACGGCGUGACAAAAAAAUGGCCGACCCGUUUCUGGGAAUGUUCGAAGCGGGUAGCGGGAACGUGGACGAAAUGAAUAAUCUUCAAAAUCCUCAAUUUCCAUAUGGAAACCAGAACUCACAACCAUCAGAUCGCCUUCAGCACCCGGGAUCCUUCCCGGGUUUCUCAUCGCCAAACCAAGGGCAACCCGAGUUUGGCCAAUCUCAAACGUCACCUUACUUUGACCGCUCUAGUAUGUCACAGGCGCAAGGCUUUGCCGCUAACUCACAAAAAUUACAGCAUUUCGACGAUCCUAUGCUCUCUUCAUCCCCUAGUCAGGGCUUCCAAUCGAUGCAGGGAGAAUCGCAGCAGCAAUUUGCCCAGUUAACGAGUCGUUCGAACGCACAGUUCGUAGCAAGGCCACCACAGAUGAACUGGCGCGGGCCCCAACAACCACCGACCUCUGGGUUCCCAUUCAUAGAUCAGUCGGCUCCUAACUCUGCCCUGCAGCAGCAACAGUUUAGGGGAAUGUUUGAGUAUGGUUUCCCCCGAUCGAACUCGCCCAGGCUUCAACACUUUGCCGAUCAGGGAGGAAUUAACUCUCCGAAUAUGGCGGCAGCCCAGUCACAAGCUUCGCGACUUGGCCAACAGGUCUCGUCUCCCGUGAACUCCAAUCUACGCUUCUCUACUCCUUCGCCCGAGACUAGCGCUAAACAGGACGCAUCACAGCUCAGGCAUUACCCAAAUAUGAUGGAUCUAAAUCAGCAACAGGAUUUAGGUGGACAGAACAGUGUGAUGCAACGUGGUGUUGUACCAACCUCGGGAGCGGACGCGCAAGGCAAGCCCCCUUUCCCAGCAGCUUCGAACGAGAGACCGAAUUUUCCCCAGUACUACGACAUGAAUAGAGAAAACAUGGCCAUGCAAAAGGGCUCUCCUGGGAAAAAUCCUAUGGAGCAGAUGUACAACUCGUAUGGGAAUCCUGCAAUGGGGGGAUAUAUGGGAGGCGAAGUGCCAGAUGGGAUGACCUCAAACCCUAUGGGCGGCCCACAAGGGGGCUACCCCCCUUACCAGGGAUAUGGAAUGCCAAAUCAGCAAGAUGUGGCACACUUGAAAACAUCAUCCGUCCUACUGCAGAUGCAGAAGGUCCAGCAACAGAUCCAACAAUUGCGGGAAAUGCCGCAACAGGCUCAGAACCAGGUGCAGCCGCAGAUCCAGCAGCUACAGCAUCAAUUCCAGCAGCUGUGCCAUGUUUACAUGAUGCAGCAGCAGCGCAUGCAGCAGGGGUAUCCCAUGCAGGCGCAGCAGGACCAGAUGCAGUUCAUACAGCAGCAAAAACACCAAGAUAAGGCGAAUAGGAUAGCGGUGGAGGCAAUGGCCAAGGCAGCGUUUCAGAACGAGGGGUCGUCCAUGAUGCAAAGAUUCCAGCAAAUGCAACAGCAGCAUGCGCAGGCCAUAGGCGGCAAGCCUAUGCAGGGAAAUGACCGCUCUUCAGUCAUGAUGAAGUCAGAGCCUCUCCCACUUGGGCAGUCCAUUGUUAACAAGCCAACUGCUUCUAGAACAGCAAGGCCUCCUGCCACGAUCCUUUCAAAGCCAAUACCAGCUAGAAACAGACGGGAAGACUCAGACGGAGAGCCCUCGCCUCCCUCCUCACCCGUCAGUAAUGAAGAAGACCAAGGUUCAAGCAUUACGAGGCGAUCCCUUCGUGAAAAGCGGAAAAAAAUUUACAAGGAUGACUUUGAUUACAACCUCUCUGAUGAAGAAGGGGAAAGACAUCGUCAUGCUCAAACCCUUGUACCGCCUGCACAUGAUACUGGUGGUGAGAUGGCUCCAUUACCACCGGAAGAAUACGAGGAGGUUAUGAUUGUAGAGAAGAUUCUAUCCUCGCGUCUGCGUGAUGUUGAGGCUGAGGAUGGAACAAUCACCAAAGUAGAGGAAUUCCAUGUCAAAUUUAAGAAUUACUCCUACUUGCAUGCAGAAUGGGCAACGGCAGAAAAAUUGGCGAAAGGGGACAAGAGGGUACAGAUGAAGAUUAAGCGAUACAAAGCCAAGCAGUUAAACACUGCUGCUUUCUUUUCUGAGAUGGAAGAGGACUCGUUCAAUCCUGAUUAUGUUGAGGUGGACCGGGUUCUCGACAUGUCAACUGGAAUGGACCAUAACACGGGCGAGCCAAUAACUCACUUCCUUGUAAAAUGGAGAUCCCUGCCGUAUGAAGAGAGUACUUGGGAAGUGAAAGCUGAUGUUGAAGAAUCAAAGAUCCAACAGUUCUACAAGCUGAGGGAACCACCCCCACUACCCCAGCGACAGUUCCGACCCCGCCCAUACCCACAUGAGUGGCACAAGCUUGAGACAUCCCCUGUGUACAAAGAUGAGAAUACUCUGCGCGAGUACCAGCUAGAAGGUGUCAACUGGCUGAUGUUCUGUUGGUGUAACAGGCAAAAUUCAAUCCUCGCAGAUGAAAUGGGUCUUGGGAAAACUAUCCAGAGUAUUGCAUUCCUAUUUGAAAUGCAGCGUUAUGGCAUCAGAGGGCCUAAUCUGGUAAUAGCCCCCCUAUCUACGAUCUCUAAUUGGCAGCGCGAGUUUGAGUCUUGGAAUGACAUCAAUGCUGUCGUCUACCAUGGAAGUGCAUCGAGCAGACACCUUAUUCAGGAGUACGAGUUUUACUACAGGGAUGAGCAUGGCCAGCCUAUUCCAAACAUCUUCAAAUUCCAAGUGUUGAUCACAACCUAUGAAAUCAUCAUUGCCGACAACAUGCAGUUGAGUACUGUCCCCUGGAGAGCUGUGAUCAUUGAUGAGGCUCAUCGCCUAAAAAACAGGAACUGUAAGCUGCUAGAAGGACUGAACAACCUACAAAUGGAACACAGAAUUCUCUUGACAGGAACACCUCUGCAGAAUAAUGUGGAGGAGCUGUUCAGUUUGCUGAAUUUUCUAGAGCCCUCGCAGUUCCCAUCACAAGGUGCUUUCCUGAUGGAAUUUGGUGACCUGAAGACUGAGAGCCAAGUAGACAAGCUGAAGCAGCUGCUGAAACCAAUGAUGCUUCGACGACUGAAGGAAGAUGUGGAGAAGAACAUUGCUCCCAAAGAAGAAACAAUUAUUGAGGUUGAGCUCACUACAGUGCAGAAGAAGUUCUACCGUGCCAUCCUAGAAAGAAACUUUGCAUUCCUGGCCAAGGGAACAUCGUCCACCGCCAAUGUCCCAAACCUGAUGAACACCAUGAUGGAACUACGGAAAUGCUGUAAUCAUCCAUUUCUCAUCACUGGUGCCGAGGAGAAGAUCCUACAAGAGUAUGGACGAGAACAUGUGGAUAGACACACCCAUGCGAUGAUUGAAGCAUCAGGGAAACUAGUGCUGAUUCACAAGCUGCUGCCCAAGCUGAAACUGGGUGGGCAUAAGGUGCUGGUGUUCUCUCAGAUGGUGCGCUGCCUGGACAUAUUAGAAGAUUACCUGGUCCACAUGAAGUACCCAUAUGAGAGAAUCGAUGGGCGGGUGCGUGGCAACCUUCGACAGGCCGCCAUUGACAGGUUCUCCAAGCCAGACUCUGACCGCUUUGUCUUCCUGCUCUGCACAAGAGCAGGAGGUCUUGGCAUCAACUUGACAGCUGCCGACACUGUCAUCAUCUUUGACUCAGAUUGGAAUCCUCAGAACGACUUGCAGGCCCAGGCAAGGUGCCAUCGUAUUGGUCAGUCCAGGUCGGUCAAGGUAUACCGCCUGAUUACCAGGAAUUCCUACGAGAGGGAGAUGUUUGAUCGAGCUAGCAUGAAGCUGGGUUUGGACAAGGCUGUACUUCAAUCCAUGAACACCAAGGAAAAUGCAGGCAACAAUGGUCAGAUGUCCAAGCGUGAGAUUGAGGACUUGCUGAAGCGGGGGGCAUAUGGAGCGAUCAUGGAAGAAGACAAUGAUGAUGCCUCCAAGUUCUGUGAAGAAGACAUUGAUCAGAUUUUGGAGAGGAGAACACAGGUGAUUCAAGUGGAGUCAGAAGGCAAAGGAUCAACAUUUGCUAAGGCAAGUUUUGUAUCGGCUAAAGGUGAUGAUGAUAUUGAUGUUGAUGAUCCUGACUUCUGGGAGAAGUGGGCAAAGAAAGCAGACCUGGAUGUAGACUACCUCAACAACAAGGAUGAGAGAAUCCUUGAUGCACCUCGACAACGCAAGCAGACAAGGCGUUAUGGUAAUGAGGAUGGGGAUUUUGAAUUGUCUGACAUUGAGAUGGAUGAAGAAGACGUCAAGGUGCCUCAUCGGUCAUCCUGGACACGUGUGGAAUGCUUCAGGGUGGAGAAGAACUUGCUCAUCUAUGGCUGGGGCCGAUUCAAGGAGAUUCUUACACAUGGCCGAUUCAAGACCAAGAUUGGUGAACGGGACGUGGAGUCCAUCUCUCGUACCAUCCUUGUCUACUGCCUAAGCCAUUACCAUGGUGACGACAAGGUCAAGUCCUUUAUUCGUGACAUCAUCAAGGCCUCAGUCCUUAGAGACAGGAUAUCACACGACGAUCGAGAUUCAACCUACUCACCCAUUCCCACCCCCACCAAGGGUAGAGGGCGUGGCAAAAGGGGUAAGGGUGCACCAAAGAAGUCCAACAAGAGCGCUGUGGCAUUACUGGAGGUUGGUCAGGACUGGAAGACAAUCGACCCUGAGUCUAUUGUAUUGGACAAUGGGUACAAGAAACAUCUCCAGCAUCACUGCAAUAAGAUCUUACUGAGAGUGAGACUGCUGUACUACCUCAAGACUGAGGUGAUUGGUAACUUGGCACUUCAGAUCCGUGAGGGCAAAUGCAGAGCCAGUGACCUAGACAUUGCGAUAUACAGCCCAGAAGGAGACCCUCCCUGCGACUGGUGGGAUGUGGACGCUGAUAAAUCCCUGCUUGUUGGUGUCUUCAAGCAUGGGUAUGAGCGGUAUAACCUUAUCAGGGCGGAUCCUACCUUGUGCUUCCUCUCCCGGGUUGGCCUGGCCAACAGAAAUGCUGCUGAUGCUGCUGACAAUUCGGUGAACGACGGGGAUGAUAGAGAUGAUGAUGAUAACGAUGCCGACCCCGACUACCAUCAGCCCAACCCUAAAGAUGAGGAUGACUUAGAUGAUGAAGAAGACAAGGACACUGUCUCCGCCAUUUCCUCGCCAGGAACCCCAAGGAAACUUGACAAAGGAUCUGAUGGUGGUGACAACAGCUCGUCUGGCUUAAGGUGGCCUGGAGCUUCAGAUCUUAACACAAGACUCAGGAGGCUUAUCAACGGCUACCAGAGAGUGUACAAGAAACAGGAGCUCAAAAAAGCUGCUCAAGAAAAGGAACGUGAGAGGAAGGAGAGGUUUGAAGAGGCCAUUCGACAGAAGGAGCAAAAGAAACUAGAAAUGGCGCAGAAGUGGUCCAAGCGGGAAGAAGUUGACUUUUACAGAACAGUGUCUACAUUUGGUGUAGAGUUUGAUGAGAAGGAAGGCCGUUAUGACUGGUCACGAUUCAGGAGGCAAGCUCGCCUUGACAAGAAGAACGACGAGCGCCUCGAGCAGUACCUGCAUGACUUCAUGGCAAUGUGCAGACGAGUGUGUGGCAGACCCAGAGACGAUGAAGGGGAUAGAGGACUUAACGUUGAGCCGAUCUCAGAGGAAAGAGCAAAUCGAUGUCUGUACAGAAUACAACUUCUAAACAAGAUCCGAGAAGAGGUGCUGCAGCACAAAGACCUUGACGAGCGGCUCAAGCUGUGCCAGCCUUCCUCCGACUUCCCUGAUUGGUGGAUAUGUGGCGUACACGACAAGGACUUGCUGAGAGGCGUGUCCAAACACGGUCUCGUGCGCACGGAUUACCACGUGUUGAAUGACCCGGAGCUGUGCUUUGCUGAGAUCCUCACCAAACUCGCCGCCUCGCAGCCUCCUAAACCGCCCACGGAGAGCCCUCAGGUGUAUGACGAGGAUGGUAAUCCAUCUACUGCAGUCAAGUCUGAACCCAACCCCUCCCUAGACGAGUUCCCUGCCCCAAAAUCAGCAGAAAAAGCUCCCUCUGAUACAGACUGUCAGGCUAAGCCCUCUAUUCUUAGCAACAUCCUGGCGUCUAACGACACAACGUCAGGGAAUGGACUUGGGUAUCCUCAACCCAAGUCGUCUGAGAAUGGCAACCACAACGAGUCGAGUAAUCCUCCAGAACCACGCAGCGAGCCUAAACCUGAGGUGGACGCUGACAGGUACAGCCAGGAGUCUGGGUCAAUAUCCAUGGGUAUGAUUGAGGAGGACUCCCAAAUGAGCGGGACCCUGGAAGGCCAGGGUUCCACGUACGGCGAGCCUACACUUAUCUCGGUCAAGUGGCCAAAGGACCGCAUCGUGAUGCAACGCCUGGACGCCGUAUGCCACUGUGUGCUCAAGAAGGAGUGGCCUGCUAGCAGCAAGAUCGAGGCCGUCCUGCCAAACAUGUCCGCCCUAUCCCCGUCUGCCGGGUACUCUAACCUGGACUUGGACAUGAACAUACUCAACCCGGGCGUGGGGAUGGACGACCCGGACGACCCUUCCAAGCCAUUCAAGGUUCAGAGGCUGGAUGGUCUCAAGAUCUCGCUCAAGAAAAAAAGGCGAAAGAAGAAGGAAAGCUUACUCGAAGGUGACCAAGAUAGUUUGGAAGAUUGCGAUAGUCCACCUGUUCCCAGGAAACCCCGCAAGCCUAAAGACGUCACGGGCCACUGGCCACCACACGGCCUCGACAUGGAUCUACCAAUCACAGACCAGAUCCCGGCUAACUUUGACCCCACCCUCAGCGAAAAACCACCCAAGAAACGGCGCAGGAGAAAGGAGGACAAGGGAGAGAAGGGCGAGAAGCCUGAGAAACCUCCUACUGGCAAGAAGCGGGGGCGCAAGCCUAAAACCGCGAAGCUCGGAUCUGCGGGCCAGCCGGGAGACUCCGGGGGUACCCCUCACGGGGAGUCUAUGGGGUAUGACUGGACGGGCCAGCCCCUCCCCCCACGGAUCAGAGGAAAUGGGGAGGCAGUUGUACCGGGGCUGCCACCGCCCUUAACCUCGCCCGUACGGGACGAGCGCGGUCUAAUGUCUCAGCCGUUACCUCACAAUAAGAUGUCCUCUGACAAACUCAUCGCUGUAAUAGACAGAGAGACGGGACGAAAGUUGUCAGGAAAUGGCGCCCCAACUCUGAAAAGCCUCGCAGAAUGGCUCGAGCGAAAUCGCGCGUACGAUGUUGCAGAGGAGAGUGCAAAGCUUGUCUUAGAAGAGGGCAAUCUUCCCUCAAAUCUCUUGACUCGUGUACCAAAAUCACCAAGACCAAAACAGACCACUCCCUCCUCGGCCAAUCCUUCCUCUGCGCAUCACUUCUUCAGCUAUGUCAAAACGAACAACACUGGCCCUUCAUUUAAGCCUGCCCCGUCUGACGAGGACUCCGACUCGUCCUCCCAGUCCACCCCCUCCCCUCCACCACCACCGCCCAGCUGGAAAGGGGGCUACCCCUACGACAGCAGGCACAUGGGGGCGGGGUACCCCCACGCGUCCAUGCCUUAUGGAGCCUACGGCGGGAUGCCUUACGUAAACCCGUACAUGCCGAACAACGGGCAAGCGAGCAAGUCUCCCGGCGUCACCAACCCCCAAGGGAUGUCGCCGUUCAUGUUUGGUAACGCAUUCGCUUCCAUGUUCGGUACCCAAGGGGGGUCCCCCGGGGCCUACCCAGGCUACCCCUACAUGGGGAUGAAUAACGGCGGGACGGGCUACGGCAAGGAUACCGAGGAGGGUGGUCAUAGCCCAAGCGUGUCCCCUGAAGCACCCAGCAAGGUAAAAAAGCCGGUAGACGAUGCAAAUAGUGGGAGCAAGAGCCCGAAGAGCAUACCUACAUAAAACGAUAGAAUUUAGCUGAUUUGUGGUGUUUUGAAUUAAGGAUAUUGAGUUAUUAUUGCGCGUAUCUAGAGUAGUAUUUAGUGUAGAAUUGAGUCGGGGAUUUCAGUAGCGUAUAGAGUAAAGUCUGUCCAAUAGUCUGUCUGUCUUUCUAGAUUUAGUUUUCUGUUGAAUGUUCUGUUUUAUGAUUAGAACUCAAUGCAUUUCCGGCUUUCAGCGGUUCCGGGACCCCUGUAAAACAACCCCUCGAGGUUGUCUCUAUGAGGCACCUAUAUGAAAUGACCCUCGCAUACCGGGCACUCCGAUUCUUUUUGUAAUAUACCAGAUUAUUAAGUUUCGGAGCCUGCUAGGGUAAAAACGCGGUCACAACCCCAAAUUUCAAAGAAUUUGUCUUGGAAUUCUCAUUGUCAAGGUUGUACCGAUAAUAUUUUUACUAAUGUGACUUUUGUAUAUAUUCUACAAUCUUGUACCAAGCCGUUUGCUUGAAAAUAUUCUUCUUUGUACAGAUAAUCUCGCAGCAUUUAUCGAAAAAUGAAACGAAUGCUUUUUGUUCGGAAUUUCACAUUUCUCGCCCCACGCUGGGAAAUAUAUGGAAUGUUCCCUAAUUUUUGAAUUGGAAAAUCGAAUUGAAAAUAUUAUGCACAGCUAGGUCUAUUUAAUUUUCUAUGAAUAGGAAUUCUUGGAAUUGCGUCUUUUCUUCAGCUCAUACCUGAAAUCGAGGCACAGCUCGUCGCACUUGACCAGAACCGGAAACAGGUGGUUCUUGGAAAGGUUGGGACGUAUGGGUCUCUGACUACUAGCUGCUAUUUUGUCUUAGGCGUUACACAUUCAUACUUUGCUUCUAAGAAAACAAAAUCAAACUCCUGAGAUACUUAUUUUCGGAAAACAAACUAAUAUAUGUCGUCCAGGAUCUAUUUAUUUUGUAUAAAUUUCAACUUUGGGGAUAAACUUUAUAUGCUACUGUAACUGACAAGCCAUACGGGCAAGUACAGAAUGUACUAGGAAAAAAGGGUUUAUGAAAUAUAUUUAUUGGUAAAAGAUACAAAACUACUCUAUACGAGGAAGUUGUAAAAGACCUCGAUAGUUUUAAAUGUUUGCCAAAGUGUAGAGAGAAAUCAGAAGCAAUUUAUUAUCUUUGCCAUGUGUGGAAAGAAGUCUGCCAAAAUAACAAAAUUGUUACCGACGUAAAUAGUUCUGGGCUAACCGAAACGUUCUUAUUCGCUCAAGUAAAAGUGAAGGAUUCAGCGUUUUGUUUUCCCCAUGAUCGGUAGAAGAACACGCCCUGGUAUUUGGGUCGGUGAUAAGUUAAUGGCUUGGGUACAGUCAUACCAUAAGGCUAAGCUAUGAUGUGGUUUUAGGGAAGAUUUACGAAAUAACUAAUAUCGGGUGCCACCCAGCAUCCUUCGCGCACUUUCAUCCUUCCCAUGUGGUAUCAUCUGCUUCUACAUGGUUGGUAGCCAGUGUAGCUUGGCUUUCGGAGCGAAACCCUGAGUCACGCGUCACGCAUUCCCCUAGAGAUCUAGACUCGAAACAACAAGUAAGAGCUUGCUUUAGACUACACCUGUAGAAGUGUCGCGCUUGGCGUCUUAAAGACCCCCAGUCAGCCGGUGCUCAGUAGCUACUUGGUUGAGCACGUGUUCCUAAGCAUCCUAUCUAUAAGUUCAUUGACAAUAUGUGCGAUUGACCGAGCAAGCUGACCUUGUGAAUAGUGUUACAAUAUAGGUAAGAAUAGGAAAUAUAAAUGAAAUGGCCGACUGAGGGUCUUAAAGUCUUUCCUAACCUAGUUUUAUCAUGAUCGAUGUUUACAAGGGUUGAGAUUAAAACCAAAUCCGUAUCUGUAAAUAUAAUUUGUGCCCCAAGCACUGAUUCGUUGGGUUCUAAGCAUGAUUCUUCUAAGAGUGUUCUCUAGUCCAUGUGCACACCUAAAGUAAAGCAAUAAUAAGUAACAAUGUAUUCAUGCACGUAUUUAGUGGCACUGUAAUGUGAAAUAUAGUUUGCUAGCUAGGAAGAGAAGAUUAUUCAUAUAGUGCUAACAUGUGGCGCUGAUGGUGUAUCAUCUUGUAAGCUUUAGUGCGGGCACGGUGAACACUACCGUGGAUUUGGCGUUUGUUUGUCGGUUGUACAAUCAGUGCCGUGCGACCAGGGCGGGUGGUUUUCAAGGAAACCUUUCCCCGUGAUUUUAACCUCGCCUCGACUGAGGUUGAAAAAUGCGAGAUCAUCCAAAGAAGGACGUGGUCACAGUGUGCGCACUAGAUACGUUGGUUUCUUCUAUACUAGGACGCAGUCAUAAGAGCAAUCAAAGAAGAACCAGUUGAACGUAAACGUAAGGAAUUAUUCUGUUGCGUUUUCUUGCGCUUGGGUUCAAGUGAGAAUAGAAAUACUUGUGUUGAGUAUGGGUCCUAGUAAAACCAACAAAGCUAAAUUUUUUUAGCUUACAAAAGUGUACCAUCAAAAAUAGUUCCACCAUGUUGCAAUCACAUAUUCAUGCUUUAGCAUAUAUCACCUUUUUGUGUUGAAUUCCCUUAUUGAUUUUAAUGUGAUUCCAAAUAAUCUGUCUAUUCUUGGGUGGUUCUCUAAUCUCGUCCUCUCGUAGAGCCACCUGAAUGGCCUGGUCUGCAAUGUCUUGUAAUCGACUAUAUAUUACCAACUGCAAAAAUUUUCACGUGUAAUUCCUUUAACGAGCAGAAUUGUUGUUGUCGAACUUCUUGAAAAUAAUGGCAGUUGAUCUGUGAUCUUUCUAGUUUUCUGUUAAGCCCUAUGGAACUAUGGAUAAUUUUGAUAACUAGUAUAUUUAAUCAAACUGUAUUUAUUAUUGCUAUUAUUAAUUUCAAAGCAAUCUUUUUACAUAUAUUUUUAAAUAAAUCUUCCUCGUCACUGCAA